UAGGCUGCGCAGAACGGAUGCGCAUAGAGCUCUGUUGCGGCUCGACUGCCAAAACGGUCGCCAGUGUGUUUUGUUGCGCUUGUGAGACAAAUAAUCAUGCAAUCCCAGUGACUUUUGUUCAUCAAUAAGGAUAAAAAUAAUUCAUCGGACUCGGCUACGUGGCUCCGAAGAACAUAAAGCUGCCAGUUCAAAGCAGGUUGUGAGAAGAUGGACCUGGACACGUUCUACACAGCUGUGCAGUAUGGUGACAAGCAGACUGUGGAGAGAGGGCUGAAGGCUGGGGUGGACAUCACAGCCAAGAGAGACUGGGGAAGAUUGUGUGACCAGACAUCCCUGCAUGUGGCCAGCACGUUCGGACAGACUGAGGUGGCAGAGCUGUUGAUCCAACAUGGCGCUGAUGUGGUGGCUUGGGACCAGCACCAGUCCACACCCCUGCAUCAUGCUGCUUACAAGGGCAACACCAAGACUUGUGAGCUUUUGAUUGGCAAAGGGGCCAAUGUGAAUGCCAAAAAUAAGGACCUGUGGACAUCCCUGCAUAAAGCUGCAUAUCCAGGACACACUGAGACCUGCAAGGUCCUUGUUGGUGCCGGUGCUGAAGUGAACGCCAGAAAUCAGGACCGGCACACAGCCCUGGACCGGGCUGCUGGCUGGGGCCACACCGGGACUUGUGAGGUUCUGAUUUCCUCUGGUGCGGAGCUUACGCCCCCAAAUAAGACCACACCUCUUCAUUGGGCUGCUAAAUACGGCCACACCGGGACUUGUGACCUCCUAGUGAAAAAUGGUGCAGAAGUGACUGCCAAAGAUGAGCAAGGGAGGAUACCAUUUUUCUAUGCACGUGAUUGGGAGACAGAGCGUUUCUUGAAGGAAGCAGAGAGAAAGGCGGAACAAGAGAAGUCCUACCAGGAGUUGCUGCAGAAGUCUGGCGGAGUGAAGGUCAACAGGUUUAAGGUGUUCCUGGGAGGAAAUGAGACAAAUGGGAAGUCUACUCUGAAGAAGAGUCUUAGGAAGGACCCGUCAACUGAGGGACAGAGUGUGCCGUCUUCUGAUGAGGAGCUUUAUGACCCCACCCCAGGGGUGGACAUAGAAACGUUCAGUAUUCCAGGGGUGGGGGAGGUCAGCCUGUGGGAUUUUGCUGGGCAGGCGGAGUACGCGGUAACCCACAAUAUGUUCAUGAACUCAGAGAACACCGUCUUCAUUGUGCUGUAUAAUAUCAUGGACGAUGGUGAGACCCAAGAAAAGCAGGUCCACUGGUGGUUGUGUUUUAUCAAGGCCUGCAACCCAAACCGGCAGCCUGACGUCAUCUUGGUGGCCAGCCAUCGCGACAAAGUGAGACCUGCCAGAGGACAGCUAGCAGCCCGUUUGCUUAAGGGGAUGAAAGAAGAGUUCAAAGAUCACCUCCGUAUCGCCAACGAGGUGAUCCUGAUGGACUGUAGGAAGACUGGGACACCUGAGAUGGACAAACUCAAGAGUCUGCUGCUCACGAUGAGAGAGGCCUUGCUGCCAAACCAACGAGACAUGCCAGUGCUGUGUGCAAAGAUCAUGGAGCUCCUACCAGAGUGGGGUACGAAGUGGACCACCCCCAAAUUCCCCGUGAUGAUGUGGAAAAACUAUGUCAAGGAGGUCAAACGAAUCAACGAACUUGUAACUGAAGACUUUCUCGAGAAAUCCACACAAUACUUGCACCAUCUGGCAGAGCUUCUGUUCAUCACCCCGGCCACUUCUGAUCGUAUCCUUGUCCUGAAGCCCAACUGGCUUGGCACAAAGGUAUUCGGCCCAGUCAUGGCACCGGACAACUUCCCCCUUCCCCGCAUGUUAAGGAAACGUCGGACUCACGACUACAUCACCAGGUCAGAAAUCGAGACAGUGUUCCAAGACAUUACUGAUGACGUGAAUCUCGUGAUCAAGCUAUUGCAAGAGUUCCAGCUCUGCCACUCCUAUAACGGACGAGAGUACGUCUUCCCAGGGCUGUUGACACAAACCAUGCCUCCUGACAAGUGGCAACUCACACAAGAGCCAAAGGUGAUCUACUUUGGGAAGCAAGUCCAGUGUGCCGACUCAACUGACAUGUUCUCCUCCGGGUUCUUCCCCCGAGUGCAGACCCGCCUGAUGAGGGAGCUGGAGAAUCACCCACAGCUGUGGAGAGAUGGCGCCAAGUGUGCGGACAGGGAUGUGGAAGGUCUUAUCAAACUCUCUCCGGACGGCCAUGCAGUCAACAUCUGUGUCCGGAGUGCGCAGGGUGACAAGGUACAGUGUGGCAAGAUGCUGCAGCAGCUGGAGAACAUCAUCGCUGAUGUGCUCUACGAGUGCAGCCCAGGAACAGGCACAGUGGAGAAUGUGCUCAGCGGUCGUGCACUGAAGGAACACAGGGAGGAAUUCUACUCCUAUGGAAAGGAGGAGAUCAGUAAGGCAGCAACAGAGGGUGGUACAAUCCUCCAUCCCACCCUCGGGUUCACGGAACAGGUCAGUGAGCUGAUGUGUGAGGAGACCCUGCUGACCAGGUACCGCCCAGAGCUGGUCCAGGCCUUGCAGAACGUGGAGCCAAUCCUGAAUCAUCUGCAGGUACGUGACAUCCUGACUGUGGAGGAAUGUGAUGUCAUCAAGGACCACAGCACGCCCCAUGAUUGUGCAUGCGCACUGCUGGACACCAUGAAGGCAAAGACGGAUGAUGAACGUUGGGUGUUUACAUCUUUUCACACGGUGUUCCCUGACCUAUGCAUGCACUGCUUGGAAUGCAAGCCAUGCCCCAUCCCUCUGGCCUGUGGAUGUGCCUUCUUGUUGUGUGCUGCCUGCAUGAAGAGUCAGACUGAGGGGUUCCGCUGCCCCAAGCACUGCGUGAUCACAACAGGCCUGGGGUACAACACAUUCGUCAUUGCUGUUGGCCAGGAGGAUUUUGUGGAGGAUGCCAUUGGCUUCACGGAAGUCAUCACCAAUCCCAGCAUCUGUGGUGUGAGGGAAUACAACGUGAAGUUACUGCUACUUCCAGACAUCACAGAUGUUCAAGCUGCAGUUACCCAAGUAGCAUCACAGAUUCAGCAAGUUCCAGAAGGCCAGGAGACGUUCUUUAUUUACUACCACAGCGGCCAUGGAAAAGAGCAGUGCCUCUGCUUCUCAAAGUGGCGUGAAGACAAAUUAUACGCAGUGUGGUCCAAGAAACUUCGAAACAUCUUAAGCGGAAGUGGCGCGACUAAGUCACUCUUCAUCUUGGAUGCCUGUCACGCUUCUUCCAUUGAGGUCUACACCAUAAAGGGCAUAGAAGAGAAUGGUUCUAGCAGUGGAGAAACAGAGAAGGAAAAGGGCAAGGAAGAAUUUCCACUGGACAACAAGUUAAACCUGGCUAAGUCUGACAAAGAUGAGCUUCCAGAAGGUUCCGUGCUCUGGGCGUCCAGCAGAAUCACACAGAAGUCCUGGAAGAGGAAGGAAAAGUACAGUGUCUUCACCAAGUACAUCAUCAGUGGCCUGCAGGGAGGCAAUUGUGAGCAGGACAACUGCCCGAACUGCCAGUCAUUCCAGCGCCGGGCCAGGGACACAGGAGCCGUGAGUCUGGACAUACUUCGCGACUACGUGUACGACCACGUUAAGAAGGAGCUGCCGCAGACCCCAUCACUGCUGGGUCAGCAGGAGAGGACCUACUGGAUGGCGUACACACAAGACCGAGCCGGGGUGGAGGGAGAAGAUGCACAACAGACAUUCCCGUCAGUCCUGGGGGAGAUUGAUCCUGACAUGGUGCCAGUACAGCGGACCAAUGAGCUGUAUGACAGAGAGAACAAGACAUCAUCCUCAGCUGGUGCAGGCCCUGAUCGAUGAGGCACCUAGAGCCGCUCCUGGACCAGCUGCAUGCAAUGGAGGGCCGCAGCAUGGAGGAGUGUGACAUCAUCAGGGCCAAAGCCGUCUGUACACUCCAUGAUUGCGCACGGUCAUUGCUACACACCUUGGGAGCAAAGGUAGAUGGUGAACCCAGAGGUUGUGGAAAUGAUGCUGCAAUCUAUAAACUUUUGCUGAAAAGCUGAAAACCUUAUUCAGCUGUAAUUGGGAUAAGUGCAAUACUUCUGAAUCAUUUUCGAUUUUGAAGUCAUAAAUAGAGAAUAAAAUG